UUCUCGUCUGUUGGUUGUAUCAGAUCGUCUUGACAGAGUAGAUGAGCCUUCAUAACUGCUACAACUAUACUCAUUUCGGAAAUCUAUAGCGAACGUAGGUGAUAUUGUACAACAGUCGUUGGGCUAUAAUACGGUAUAUAUAUUUUUGUACUUGAUUCAGAGUGUAGGGUUUUCAUAAAAACACUAGUUGGAGACGUUAUCAAGAAGUAGCCUAGUCGGUUUCCGGGCAGUUUGAUUAGGAUGAGAUUCGGUGGUAAAAUAUAGCGUUCUCUCGUUUUCGCAAAAUGGCGUUCUUGUUUUUAUAGAUUGACAUUGCUCUCAGCCAAUGAUGCAUGAAUUGACCUGUUUUUGCAGAAAUGGUUGGCUUCUGAUGACAUCAUUCGGACAUCGGUUGUAGGCGGGUUCUGAGCUGUGAGGGGAGAGUGGCGCAACCGGAGAACUUGCAGAGCCAGGCGCCAUUAGGGCUGAGUCAAGAAAAACAAUGCUUUGGAAUGCAAGAUAAAUACGGGAUGAGCAAUUUAUUGCUGUUCGACGAUAGGAAUUACUCAAAUGAACUCGCCAUUCAACGUAUUGUACGCAGAUAGCUAUAGAUCACUUUCCGUUUUUUUUGUGAAAUUGCAACAACGCAGCUGGUGGCAAAUAAGAUGGCGCCUGCAGUUAACGAGCAUGCACGAGCAUAAAGCGCACUGACUUAGGCGGCGGCAAUGCGCGCACUCCCGAAAGGAGUGCGGAAAGCAUCGUUUCUAAACCAUGCUCUUAACUUUUGUCGUUAAGUCGUGUUUGGUCUUGUCAGUUUAGACUAUAUUGUUUAUGUAUUUCCUGUUCUGGCAUUUAAACCGAGAAGCAGACUGACGAGCCAACUUAUAAGUCGAAACAUGGAUGGAUGGAUGGAAAGUAACGGUCAAUGUCUAUGAAAUUGUAAAAGUGGCCAACAAAAGCUGAACUGAACAUUGGCCUGAAAGGGAAGAAACUUUUCUGCAGGACUUUAAAGUAACAAUUCGAUUACAGCUGGAUACAUUACAAUUGAUGGAACGCGAAGUUAAUUGCAAAUUUGAUAUUUUUGUAAGUUUCCACCAGAAAAAAAGCAACUGUCAAACCGCUUAGCUGUUGAUAGGGAGCUUAGAGCCUGUCCGCCAUGUUGUCCCACUCGGUUCUCAGAUUCAUUAAUCAGUAAAUGGCGAAUACUUUUCACAAUUACCCAAGAGAAGAACUGCUCUCGUAAUUUAAAUGCUCAUUAACCAUUUGUACCUGUUAUGCCUGUCUUUUGUCACUUGAUUUUUUUCAUUAAACCUGACUGCCGUCCUAUAAUAUCCCUCCACCUUAAUUUACUAUACUGGAUGCAAAACAAAUGCACUGCAUUUUCUACUACUAUUCACCACUCACCCAUGUCAUGGAAGACAUAUAAACAUUAAAGGAAGGAGGUGCAUGACGUUCCAACACAAAACCUUUACUCAAGAGGAAGGAAAUUGGAAGGACUGCCAUGACCACCCUUCCCUUCUCAGUUGUCAGUUUCUAAAAGGUUGCACAGAAGCACGUAUGCAUUAAUUCACCAUGUCACAACACAAGCUUCCAGCAUUACAUUUUCAUAUGAAAAAUUAAAUACACAUUUCCCAAAUAUUUGCUAUACGAUUCUCUUUUAAGAGUUUCAUACAUAGAUGCAUUUAAAUCUACUUCUGUAACUACCUAAUAUACAUAUACACGUAUAUAAAGGUCUUUGUCUCCAUCUAGUGUGCAAAAGUGGUAGCGACACGAGUCGAUCCAUUUCCUGAACAACCCUCCAUCUCGACCAAUCAUAGCGCUCGUUGUUGGUUGGUCGCCCUCUGUGUCAAGGUGGAACGACAUUUUGAGAAAACAACACUGGGGGAAGAGAGAAACAACUAUGUCUUCUUUAGGAAGGGUCAUGGGUGUCCUUAGGGCCGGGACGCAGCUUCUUACACGUGGACCUCAGAAAAUAGUAACCCGAAAAGCUGGUGGUGGACCACACAUAGAGGCCCAGUACAGGCAAUUCCCACAACUCACCAAGAGCCAGACGUUCCAAGCAGAGCUCCUCAGCAGUGCCAUGUGGUUCUGGAUCCUGUGGCACUGCUGGCAUGACCCAGAUGCAGUAAUGGGUCACUUCCCAUGGCCUGAUGCAUCCGCAUGGACAGAUGAGGAACUGGGGAUCCCAGCUGACGAUGAGGAAUGAGGUGCCCUCUACCCCCAGGUGUGCCUUUUGUCCUGUCUACGGCUACAUCCGUCUUCACCACAGGAUCUGUGACGCAUCCAAGGGAUGUUUGUCAAUGAGAAUGUCUUGUCCUCUGAUGAAAGAUUGUGUUCAUCACACAACAGAUAAUCAUAAACUGUUGGUUAGGAUGGGAAAUGGAAUGCUUAUUCAGUUAGUACAGUAAUGCGAUUGUUCAUAUUAACUACAGAGAGCCCUUCUGUAACAAGAUGUGUUAGUUAAUAUGCCCACUUCAAUUAGGUUCCUUACUGUAGCAGUGGCACGUUGUAAUAGUACUUCUCUUUCUUGCAUUUCUAGACCUUGUGUGUGUGCCCGGUCACUACCUGGAGGUUAAGGGUGUCCCGAGAGGCUUUGUUGUACAUAGACAAAUAAAAUUCAAUUUAUUCUAAAACAUA